AGGAACUGAACUGGUCCGCUGUCCCUCCCAUCACCAAGGAAGGAACUGAACUGGUCCGCUGUCCCUCCCAUCACCAAGGAAGGAACUGAACUGGUCCGCUGUCCCUCCCGUCGCCAAGGAAGGAACUGCCUUGACUGCUGAGUCCAAGUGUCACCCACACACUUACCCACCUCUCUUCUGCAGAUCGCCUGUUUAGCCCGCGGAGGAAUCAAUGAAGCAGACGUCUGGCCCGUCUGUCCACCAGGAAGUAGUGCGGGAACAACCCACGUUUAACAAAUGGCUGGUCGCUGUCUGCGGAGUCUUCAGCUUCGGCCUGUCCUACGGACUUCCGGUGUCCAUGACGGCCAUGUUUAUAGACUGGCAAGACACCUUCGAGGAGUCGCGCGCCAAUAUAGCGGUGAUCAAUGGCGUCACUAUAGGGCUUCUCAUGGGUGCUG